AUGCGCGUUUCAGCACUGUUUACUCUAGCAGCACUGGCUAGUGCCGGCUUGGCGAGAUCGGGCUGCGGUAAAGCUGUUCCCGAUGCGUUCCCGAAGCCUGGGUCAAGCAAGACAUUGUCUCUCCCCCACAGCGAUCGCUCUUAUCGAAUUCAUCUUCCGGAAAACUACGAUGAAAAUAGACAAGCACCACUUUACGUAUCUUUCUGCGGUGCCGGCAAAGAUGGUCAUGAACAAGAAGGCCUCUCCCAAUUCUCCAACCCGACAUUCAACCCGGAUGGUAUCGCCGUCUACCCAGAAACCGACAACGGAGUAUGGCUUUCAAAUACCUACGCACACACCAAGCAUCCCAACGAUCUCGACUUCACCGAUGACCUCCUGACACACCUCGAAGAGACUCUGUGCAUUGACAAAAGCCGCAUCUACGCCAACGGCAAGUCCAACGGAGGAGAACUGGCUGCCGUGAUCGCAUGCAACGCCACGGUCGGCAGUCGCUUCGCGGCGUUCUCGGUAGUCAGCGGUGCGUGGCAUGAGACCGGUGACGUUCCCGGCGUUGGAAAAUGCGAGCCCGCCAAGCGCGACGAGGGAUACCCCUUCUUGAUCUUCCAUGGCACGGUUGACCAAACGGCGCCGAUCAAUGGAGACGUGGAGGAUGAGAUCGUGCCCAUCAUCGAUGUCUUGCAUAACUGGGCGGAGCGCAAUGGUUGUGACAAGGAUCAAAAGUGGGCGAGGAAUAUGACGAUUCAUGAAGAUCCGCUUGUCAAGCGUGCGGGCUGGGACUGUGAUGGGAAGACGAAUAUUGUUGAGUUCUAUCGUGAAGGGGAUAAUGGUCAUUGCUGGCCUUGCACGCACUCGAAUGAUGAUUAUAAGUCUAUGGGGAGGGAUAAGUGUCCUAUGGGGCACUAUGUUUUCAACGCCACGGAGAUCAUCUUUGAUUUCUACAGUCGGUAUAAGUUGAAUACUCCACUGACACUGGAUAUGUGA